GGAUGCUCCAGCUGAUUAGAGGGAAGAGCAAAUAUGGAGCACUGUGGGAAGGACGGGAAGUUACGUUUUGUUUUGCAGGAAGUGGCUUUCAGGAAGAAUGGAGUUAGGGGCCUGCAGGAUUGCGUUUGAAAAGGAUGGUGUUUAUCUACACACCAGUGCAAAGCGUAUUCCUGAUCAGGAUUCUAUUAUCCCGGGGGUUAUCCGCAUAAUUGAAAAGGGCUCGGACACUCUGCUACAAUGGACACCUGUGGAGGAGUCUUCAGAUGUUGCUCAGAUGACGUUCACCAAGAAGGACACGGUGGGCUGCCAAGCUGAUGAAGAAAUUUUUGACCCAGGGUAUGAGCCGGACUGGGCUGUCAUCAGUACAGUGGGGACUCAAUCUCGGGUCCAGGAGGAAACAAAUGCAGUUUCUGGGUCAAAGUCUCCUGCUCCGCGUGGCCAGUGGGCUUUCACUCUUCACUUGUCUGAGCUGAAAUCCAUCCGUAAAAGUAAGCCAGGUCUGGGCUGGUCGUACCUCAUCUUCAUCACCAAAGAUGGGGUCUCCAUUCAGGCCCUGCACUUCCACCGUGGGGGCACCAAGGCCCUUCUCAAAGCACUUUGCAAAUAUGUCAUCUUAGCCACUUCCCCUAAAGAUUCCCGGCUCUAUUUGGUUUAUACACAUGAUUCAUAUGCCCUCUCCCACUCUUUCGAUGAACUGCAGCUCUUCGACGACAGCUCUUCCAACCUCGUUUCGCGAUUCUUGCAGGAUCCUUACGCUGCCACCUUUGGGGGUUUCUCCAAAGUCACCAAUUUCUUCCGCGGGGCUCUGCACCACGAGGACGGGACCCCCCAGCAUGUUCAGAGCGACCCUGGUGCCAGCAAUGUCGAAGAUGAGACGGGCUUUGAACUGAUCACCUGUCAGGCACGGCUGGCAGAGCGGCCGUCAGUCCAGCGGGAGGCCCCGGUCACGGAACAGGAGUGGGAGCAGCACCUGGAUCCCGACGGGCGUGUGGUAGACCCCAGUGGGCUACGCAGGAGGAUCUUUGCUGGGGGCCUCAGCAUGUCGUUGCGCAAGGAGGCCUGGAAAUACCUGCUGGGCUGUUAUGCCUGGGAGAACAGCGCCGAGGAGAACAAAGCACAAGUGAGGAGGAAAACGGAUGAGUAUUUCCGUAUGAAGCUACAAUGGAAGUCGGUUAGCGAGGAGCAGGAACGACGGAACUCCUUGCUGCGUGGCUACCGCAGCCUAAUAGAAAGGGACGUGAGCCGCACGGAUCGAAGCAACAAGUUCUAUGAAGGCAGCGAGAACCCGGGCCUCGUGCUUCUGAAUGACGUGUUGAUGACCUAUUGCAUGUACAACUUUGACCUUGGAUACGUUCAAGGCAUGAGUGACCUCCUCUCCCCAAUUCUUUACGUCACCCAAAAUGAAGUGGAUGCCUUCUGGUGCUUCUGUGGGUUCAUGGAGUUAGUGCACUGCAACUUUGAGGAAAGCCAAGAGUCCAUGAAACGCCAGCUGGCCCAGCUCACCCUGCUCCUCCGGGUGCUGGAUCCUCCGCUCUGUGACUUCCUCGACUCCAAGGAGUCUGGCACUUUGUGCUUCUGCUUCCGAUGGAUCCUGAUCUGGUUCAAGAGAGAAUUUGCCUUCUCUGAAAUUCUGCAGCUGUGGGAGGCGCUGUGGACAGGGUUGCCUUGCCCCAACUUCCACCUUCUGGUGGCUUGUGGGAUCCUGGAUGCGGAGAGGCAAGCCCUCAUGAACUCUGGCUUUGGCUUCAACGAGAUCCUCAAGCACAUCAAUGAGCUCACUAUGAAGAUGAGCGUAGAAGACAUCCUAUGCCGGGCCGAGGCCAUCUACCGACAGCUGGCAGCGACUCUGGACCUCCCCCGCAAUGUCCAGGAGCUGCUGGGCCUUUUCGAGGGCAAGUCUCUGUCCCCCAGCACUGACACGGCGAGCUCUCCACAGCCCCUGUCACCCAGCCAGGCCCAGGAGAUGGAGCUGACGGACAGUGUUUCCCCAAGCCAGCCGGACAGCAGCAUCGAAAUCUUGCCUACUGAGGAGGGGAGCACAUCUCAGUCUCUCUCUCCUUGAAGGCGAAAGUUCUGUCGUCUCCACCACCGCCAUCUUCCUUAACGCAAGCACUUUAACCAGAGCAGGGUGAGGGCUGAGACUAAGGUCAAGGGGGGAGGGAGUGGAUAUUUGGAGUGUGGGGAUCUCCCCAACUAGUCACUGGGCUGUGGGAAUGUUGGCCCUCUGAAGGUACUCUGGACCAUGCAGGCAGCUGUGUCCUCCUGGAAUUCCUUGAGGGGGGAAGCUGAUCUCCAAGGGGCCAGGGUUUGGAGCAUGUUAUGUGCCUUUCCCAUGGUGCACGGUGGGGCACGGCUAUCCCUCUCAGAAGGCAUUGCUUGGUGGAAAGUUCAUUUUCUCGGAGCCAGAAGGGAAUAAGUGCUAUCAUUUUCUCCUCUGACUUCCACGGUAGUCUAGCUCAAAUCUCCUUCCCUUUACUUCUAACACUACUUGUGAGAGAAGCUAAAUUCUUCACGGCCUUCUGGGCAAAGGGCCUGGCUUUACACUUACAUCUGUCCACGUUGUUAUGGUCUCAAUCCUCUGGUGAUUUUCCUCUCCUGCAUCUCCCUCGCUGUUCUUCCACAUUUGCCUGCUGAGCAUCAGUCUGAAGGCAACCUCUUUCUCCUCUCUCUCUUUUGGGGGUAUUUCUUCCCCCUACUUCAUGUUGCAAAUGAAGCUUCCUGCAGCUGCCCACCUAGGUCAUUUUUGGGUAAAAGGGGAAUGGCCACUAGUAGUUUAGAGCAACGGAACUGGAAAGCGGGAUUCAUUAUAACAGGAGGCUGGUUAGCUAGAAGAGAAGAGGUUUCUUGAGUGAGAGAAAGAGUGCCAGGGGAUCACAGCAACGGAAGCAGAAAAACCAGAGCUGUUUCUGCUAGCGUCGCUCACCAGAUUGCUAACUCUCGCCUGGAGGAGCGUUUGGCUCCCUUUUAGUCAGCAGCUUUGAACGGAUGUGUGGUUCUGAACUGACAUGUGGCUGCAUUCUUGCGGGCUGACACCUUGCGCCUGCCCAUGUGCUCUUCUUGCCCCACUUUGCUCUGUUCUCAGCACUCACCUUGGGUUUUUUGUUUCCUUUGUAAUUGUGCAUUAAAAAUCUAGUGUCAUUUU